AUGCGGGAUGCUGCGCUUCAUCCAAGUGGAGCCGUCUGCGCGUAUUUACGCACGGUGUCAGGUCCGAGCUCAUCCAAAAAGCGCUCAAUCCUUCCCUCAUUUUUCCCUCUCCUCGUGUCCGUCGUGGUGCUGGUUCCAGCCUCAGCGCACCCUCAGUGUCUGGACUUCGCGCCACCUUUCAAACCUUUAUGGCACCUGGAGUUCUGCACGCAGUACGAGCAGUUCGGCUGCUGCGAUCAGAAGAUGGACAACAUGAUCGCGGAGAGAUACUGGGACAUCAUCGACCAGCUGGACACGAGGGGGGAAGAUCUGUGUGAGGACCUGCUGAAGGAGGUCAUGUGCCAGGAGUGCUCUCCGUACGCCGCCCACCUGUUCGAUGCCGAGGACCCCUACACUCCCGUCAGAGAGUUGCCGGGCCUCUGCUCUGGAUUUUGCUCCAAGUUCCACGGUAAAUGUGGCCACGUGGUGAAAUAUCUAACGGAGAACCGGCUGCUGCAGGACACGUCGCAGCGAGACGCUUCCACCUUCUGCAGCAUGGUGGACCUACAGGACCAGGACUACUGCUACCCCAACGUGCUGCAGAGCUCCAACCUCAACAGCAACCUGGGCCGCGUGGCCGAGGACCCCCGGGGCUGUCUGCAGCUGUGCCUGACGGAGGUGGCCAACAACCUGAGGAACCCGGUGCUGAUGCUGCACAGUGGAGACGGCACGCAUCGCAUGUUCAUCGCAGAGCAGGUGGGCUUCGUGUGGGUCUACCUGCGUGACGGCAGCCGGCUGGAGACGCCCUUCCUGGAUCUGAGCGGGGAGGUGAUGACCACGGGCUGGCUGGGGGACGAGAGGGGCUUCCUGGGCAUGGCUUUCCACCCAAAGCACAGAGAGAACGGACGCUUCUUCAUCUACUACUCCAUCCUGGUGGACAGCAAGCUGGAGAAAGUGAGGGUCAGCGAGAUGAAGGCGUCCGAACACGAUGUGAACGUGGCCGACCCGAACUCAGAGAG